AUGGACCUCAAACCGACGACGAGUCAGAUGACCCUCGACAAUGAAGACAAGCCAGUACCUCAUAGUCCGCACGACUAUAGUCCCGACCCCGAAAGCGUGCUACCUGAGCUUCAACACAAUGCCCUUGCCAAAGAUGGGCAUACCAUUCUUAUCCCAACGCCAAGCGAUGAUCCGGCAGACCCCCUGAACUGGUCCUCGACCAAGAAACAUUUUGUCCUUCUGGUCAUAUCCUGGACUGCCCUCCUGCCAGACUACGGCUCUGCUACGGGCGCAGUAACUCUUCUCCCACAAUCAGAAAUCUGGAAGCUGAGCCCAGAUACCGUGAACCAUUCCCAAGUUGGAAAUGUCUUCAUGCUGGGGGCCGGCGGUGUCGUCGUUGUUGCCUUGUCCGCAUACUUUGGUCGUCUUCCGGUCCUCUUCUGGUUCCUGGUCAUUUCCACCGCCACUGCCGCUUGGUGCGCGUCUGCAGACACCUUCGAUAGCUUCAUGGCUGCGCGAAUACUCAACGGAUUCUUCUCUACAGUGGCCCAAGGCGGAGGGUUAAUGUUCAUCAACGACAUGUUCUUUUUCCAUGAACGAGCUCGGAAGAUCAAUAUUUGGGCCGGGUUUAUCAUUACGAGUCCAUAUUUUGGGCCUCUAUUUACAGCAUUCAUCAUCUCGACUCAGAAAUGGAAUGUGGCAUUUUGGCUGCUCUUCACCAUGACCAGUCUGGCUCUGGUUCUUUCAGUCUUCAUUCCUGAGACUUACUACAACCGACAGGCCCAUCGAGCUCCUUCAAACGGGUCAUGGAUUAGCACUCUUAUCGGUGUGCAUCAGCGUCGCGUAGAUCUGCUAAGGCCGAACACCUUUGUCGACGCUAUGCUUCGACCUGUACAAGCCUUGUGCAAAAUACCAGUGUUACUAAUCACGAUCUACUACUUUUUGACAUUCGCAUGGGUGGUUGGCAUUAAUACGACCUUAUCGAUCUUCUUGACGCCUCUAUAUGGCUUUGGACCAAAGCAGAUAGGGUUCUUCUACGUCACGCCUGUGGUUGCUGCCCUUCUCGGUGAGCUAUCCGGUCACUGGUGUCACGAUCUCAUCGCACGAUACUACACCCGCAAGCACCACGGCCACUUCGAACCAGAGGCCCGGCUCCGAGCAAUCUUCAUCUCAACGCCUUUUAUGGUUGCCGGCGUUGUGCUUUUAGGAUUUGCCCUCGAGAACGCAUAUCAUUACAUGAUUGCGUCUUUGGGAUGGGGCCUGUAUGUAUUCGGUAUCAUGAUCACUACGGUCUCCAUUACUGCGUACGGGCUCGACAGCUAUCCCAAUGGAAGCGGCGAGAUUGCUGCUUGGAUUAACAUGGCGAGAACAGCCGGCGGCUUUAUUGUCAGUUAUUUCCAAAUAAAGUGGGCGGAUGCGAUGGGACCGAAGGGCAGUUUCGGUGUGCAGGCUGGAGUCAUCGCUGGUGCUUCUAUCAUACCUGUGUGUCUGAUGAUCUGGGGCAAGACGCUGAGGGACAGGAGCGGAGCCUUGGGGUUCAAAACCGCCUGA